AUGUGUUGUUCAAGGAAAUAAAAAACUAACAAUUAAAGAGAAGAAAUCAAUAAAUUGGGAAAACUUACUAGACUUACAGAAAUUGAACUGAUAGAAUUAAAAACUAGAUUUGCUAGAAUGUCCCAAGGUUCUAAUUUUGUAACUAAGUUUUAAUUUCGAGAUAAUCUUGGCUUACUUGGCAUGGGAACUAUGCUACAUUUAUCAGAUAGAAUCUUCCACAUAAUGGAUGACGAUAAGGAUGGUAAGAUUCGAUUCGAAGAUUUUGCCCUUUAUUUUGAUAAAGUGAGUCAUGGAGAUGCCAGGGAAAAAGCAGAAAUAAGUUUUAAGUUGAUUGAUAAGAAUAAGAUUGGAAGUUUUACAUCGACUGAAUUUAAUGAUACUAUGUAAGGAGUGAUUAAUAGUUGGAUAGCCAUGACUGGAUAAAAUCUAACGAGCGAAACCAAGAAACAAAUUGAUCAAAGAAUCAAAUUAAUAUUCUCAACCAUGGAUGUGGACAAGGCUGAUAGAGUUACACUAUAACAAUAUCAAGAUUCCGUAGUGGCAGAUCCAGCACUCUUAGAAAUAUUUGACUUUGCUAGAAGGGGUGUCACUCUUGAAUCCAUAGAUUAUAGUAUAUAUCAACAAUAGAAGUAUGUUUAGAAUAUAGAAAAAAAGUUGGAUCAAUUACUAGAAUUUAUGAAAUAAGACAAUAAAAAAUAGGAAAAAGAGCUCCCUCAUUUUGUGUAAGGAACUGUUGAAUAAGAAUAAAAAUUAAGAAAUAGUCAGGUUGACAAUCUCCAUUCCCCUAUCAUUAGUCUCUUUAAAUAUGAUAGUGAAGAAAACAAUCAUAAUAACAAUAAUGAUCAUCAAGGCAUUAAUAAAUUCUUUGCUUCAGAUCAAAUUCCAUCAGUCAAUUAUAAUCAAUUUAAUGAAUUAUCAAUUGAACAUCUAAAAAAUGAUUAAAAUCAAGAUUUCUCAUUUUAUGCAUAAUCAAAACCUAAAAGGAAAUUUAAAGCAUUAUUUCAACAAAUCCCAUAGAAACAAAUUGAGGGAGACAAUCAAGAUCCUCUCGAAGAAGAUCAGUUUUAUAACACUGAAAAGAGUUUUGAAAGUGAUCAUGAUUAAGAUGAAUCUAAUUAAUUUGUAGAACAAAUGACCACUGAUUAACUCAAAGAAAAGUACAAAUCGAUGAUUACAUAUGUAACAGAUAUCAGCAAGGAAGUGUAAAGAUUGAGAGAAUUGAUAGAUCAAAAUCAAAUCAAAUAGUAGAAAAUGGAUAUCAUCGAUUAGAUUAAUGAAUAAAGAUUGCAUACAAUUAUCAAUGUACCAAGAAAGACAUAAUCAAUCAAAAAUUAAAAACAAACUAAAAAACCAAAAAUCAGUGUAUCAUUCGGACAUGAAAACUUUAAUUUGGUUUUGAAUAUGAUGAUAGGCAUUCAGAUGGCAGUGAGCAGUAUCAAUGUAGCUGACGAUUAUGAAGUAGGUCCAAAGGAUUUUAAAUUAAAAUAUUAUUUCGAACUCCUACCAAGAAGAGCUUAAGGCGAUAAAAGCUCAUUUAAAGUAUGCUAAUUCUUUGAUUAUGCUCCACGAGUAUUCAAUAGUAUUAGAACUAUAUACGGGAUAGACAACCAUUAGUAUCUUAAAAGUAUAGGACCAGAAUCUAUAUUACAAUCUUUAAUCAAGGGAGAUUUAUCUUGUUUAUAAGAAUUGACAUCAACAGGAAAGAGUGGAAGUUUCUUCUAUUAUACUGCAGAUGGGCAAUUCACUUUGAAAACUAUUCAUCAUCAAGAGUUCAGAUUCUUAAAGUAAAUCAUGAGAAAUUACUAUUAUCAUCUCAAAAACUACCCAGAAACACUCAUCAUAAAAUUAUUUGGAAUGCAUAAGAUUGGAAUAAAAUAUUAGACUAUGUUGAGGGAAAAGGUUAUUUAUUUUGUGAUAAUGAGCAAUGUCUUCUCGACUAAUCAAGAGAUUAAUGUGAGGUAUGACUUAAAAGGUUCGACUUAUGGAAGAUAUACUAUUGAUAAUGAUCCAACUGUUGCCAGAAAAGAUCUAAAUUUCUUAGAAGACAAAGAAAAAAAUAUGAGAUUGAAUAUCAAUAAGAAUAAAUCAAUGCUAUUCUUUAAUUAAUUAGAAAAGGAUUGUAAAUUCUUUGAAGAUAAUGAUAUUAUUGAUUAUAGUCUUUUGUUAGGUUUACAUGCCAAAGGGAACAAACAACUUGAUAAUGAGUCUUCUGUAUAUUCAGAAAAUCCCUAACUUGAUAAUUUUAGUAAGAUGGUAACUGUUGAUAAUCAAUACACAUUGCAUAUAGGGAUAAUUGAUAUUUUAACAAAUUUCAGCACAAAGAAGAAGCUUGAAUUUUUAUCAAAGAGAGUAAUAUAUGGACCAACUAUAUCAGCCAUACCUCCAAGAGAUUAUGCUGAACGAUUUCUAAAGUUUUUAAAGGAUCAUUUAUUUGCAAAUUGA